AUGACUACGAUCAAGGUGUUGCUUCUUCUGCUGCUGUUUGCCGGUCGCCGCGUCAUCUCGGCCGGGGAGGAAGGCGUCUCGAAGCACGGACCGCGGUUCGACGAUCUGGCUGAUGCGUUUGACCUCAACAGACUGACCGACGGCUGGGGGCGAGCUGUGACGGUUGGAUGCCGUGACGACGUCACAAACUUCCUGGCGGCCCUGGGCAACGGCUCUUUGUGGGCAAACAAGAUGCUGGACGCCAGUGGUCGCUACUCCUCACAGUUCUUAUGGGGAAACUCCUACUGGUUGGGAUCCUACACACUAUGCCAGCAGCUCCACAUCAACUCCGCCUCACCAAUCCCGGGGGCCUACUCUGUGGUCAGCCUCAGGGUCAAUGUCACCGGUCUCGUGACACCACAGGUCCGGGAUGUGUCACUCGGAGUCUGUUUGCCGGCGACCUGCAACCGAGCCGAUGUUCUUCAACUGCUCCACCAGUCGACGUCUCCCAUAACCGCUGUACUUGGAGCUCGUAUCGUACCCGACCCUGACUUUGCAGUCUGGAGAGAACCGGGAUUUUAUCUCCUGGGUGUGGUGAUCGGCUUGGUGACUGUGCUGGUUGUGAUAGGGACGGGGUACGACUUAAUUCUGCAACAUCGUGCCAAGCUGCGACACACAGAGUUAUCAGGGGCCACGGAGUGCAACGGGAAUCACCUCAGCUACACCGCCACAGGUCCCCUAGAGUCACAGGGCGUGCGCAAACCAGAGUUCCAGGGCAGAAAUCCAGACCUGGGAUCACAGGUGCUCCUCUGUUUCUCUGCGUGGACGAACCUACAGAAGAUCUGCAACACCCAAAAGGAGGACUCACUAGCCUGUAUCCACGGGCUACGGGUCUUCAGCUUGCUGUGGGUCAUAGCCGGACACACCUGCAUGUUCUCCUUCCCUGUCUCGGAUAACAAGGCAUUCCGGCAGCUGGUGGAAAACGAUUUCCUGUUCCAGUCAAUCAGCAAUGGUGCAUUUUCUGUGGACACUUUCUUCUUUAUCAGUGGUGUUAUGGUGGCGUACCUGUUCUUCAAAAAUUUGACCAAGGUGGUGAAUACGGCUGAGGAUGGCAUUGGUGUCAUAAUGAAGGUCAGCGCUAUACGCUUCAUUGGCGUGUUCUCCUAUCGUUAUCUCAGGCUGACACCACCCUACCUGUUCAUAUUGGCCAUCACCCAGCUCAACGCUCAGUGGUUUUAUCACAACUCGGUUUUCCACAAUCCCAUUAUGGUCCGCGAUCAGGCUACUUGUGCAGAGUACUGGUGGAGGAAUGUUCUAUAUAUCAACACUCUGUUUCCAGUCAAAGACAUGUGCAUGAUCUGGAGCUGGUACCUGGCAAAUGAUACUCAGUUCUACACACUUGGUAUUAUACUUCUCCUCCUAUCUUCCAAAUGGUUCAAGCUGGCAGUGAUGUCACUCUUUACAUUCCUGGUCAGUUCAUGGUUCACAACGGCCUUGAUUAUACUCAACAGCCACCACAUGCCAAGCAUUGAGGAGCCUCUGGGUCUGUUUGAUGAGCUAUAUGACAAGCCGUGGACCCGACUGGGGCCCUAUGUGGUUGGGAUGUGUGUGGGAUGGUUCCUGUGUAGGACCAACUGCACCAUCAAGAUGCACAAGGCUGUGGUGCUGAUGGGCUGGGCACUCUCUAUUGGCAUGACGUUCAUCCUUGUGCACGGUCUGUAUGGUGACCUGGGGCCCGUUAUGUCUGCUGCAUAUGUUGCUCUCAGCCAUACAGCCUGGGCCAUUGCUGUGGCCUGGAUAGUCGUCGCAUGCUCCACAGGCAAUGGAGGCUAUGUGAACAAGCUACUGUCGAGCAAGUUCCUCUACCCACUCAGUAGAAUCUCCUACUGUGCUUACUUGGUACAUCCCCUCAUCAUGAUCUCAGUCAUUAUGCACAUGGAUAGCCCAGUGCACCUCGGAAGGGCCACCAUGAUUGUUGUGAUAUUUGGCUAUUUCAUGAUGGCCUACAUGCUCUCUCUAGUGGUGUCUUUGGGAUUCGAAGCACCAACCAUUGCUCUGCUUAACAUUCUGCACCCCAUAAAACGGAAGAUGAAGUGAAAUAUCCAACAACCCAAAAGGAGCACCAGGAUAAUAAUAAGUGGUACAUCUCCAAGUAAAGACAUAUAUGUAUAGAGUGCUCAGGGUGUGAGACACUGCCUUCUACAGGUGACCAUCAGAGGACUGGGAAAUUCAUAACGCAUUUCCAUACACUCAAUAUGGUAUUUAUCAGCAUUAGGUGACUGAAUUGUCUUCUGAGCUGGUUAAGACAUUUACUUAUAUGUUACAUCCAUUCUAGUUCACCUGGUUUUAUACUACAAAAAAAGCAGUGGUUGUUAAACUUCUUUUGUACUGUGGACCACCUGCAUGGAAGUUACAGAUUCCAUUGAUCAUGCUUUGACAAAUGUAUACUACGAUAUUCACAGGACUGUGACAUGGGGAGAAUCAUUCCGACAGUUCAGGCAGAACAGGCAGCCAUUCAAAUGCCAGCACAAGGUGGUUAAUUUAAGUUGACUUUUAGUUCAAUUAUUACACUGGCACUGAGGAACUGAGAGGGCUGAAGGAAGAAAAUUCCCAUUUUCUUGCACUUUUUAAAUGGAUUUUAGGGAAAAUCUCUAUAAGCAUUAAUAAUAAUGAUCUGCAGAUGAUCAUAUAUAGUUAUAUGAUUCCUUUAUGAGAAAUAAUUAUUGGAUAACAAUGUUAAACUUUUCUUCCCCUAUCAAAAUAUGUAAAAAUUAUGUAAAAAUAAUAAAGGAAUAAAAAGAAACUAUGAAUAAAAUAAAUAAAUGUA